GCUGUAUAUCUUCAUCAUCAGGGAUCUGGUACCUUACACAUCUACUAAUCGAAAUACUGUUCCAGGGCAUCUCUGACAGACAACAUGUACCUGAAUGUAUUAACAUUACUUACUGUCUUUAUGCUGUCAAAUGCAAUCGAGGAAACCGGCGGCGAUGUAGGCGACCCGUGCGGAGACGAUAAUAUCCUCAUUGAACAUGAUAUUGCAAUUCCAAAGAAGGAGUACUUCUCACAUAUGUUCAGGAAAAGAAGGGCUGUUACCAGUAACCAGGAGAAAAAGUGGCCAAACGCUAUAGUUCCCUAUACAAUCAAUAAGGAAUUAAAUAGCUAUCAACAUGACGUUAUCAAGAAAGCCAUUUCCCACUGGGAGGAACACACAUGUAUAAGAUUUGUUGAACAUAAGAAACAACAAGAUUAUGUUGAAUUCGCGCAUGGGAACUGUGGAUGCUGUUCUCUUGUUGGACGCCGUGGUGAUGGUAGACAGCAGGUAUCACUUGAUGUGAUUUGUACUGAAUUUGGCAUUGUUGUACAUGAGAUAGGACAUGUAAUUGGUUUUUGGCAUGAACAUAAUCGACCAGACAGAGAUAAAUUUGUUAAAAUAUAUGCGGAGAAUAUCAAGCAUGAUAAAAAAGACCGCUUUAUCAAGAAAAAUACCUUAGAGAUUAACUCCUAUGGUCAAGCAUAUGAUUACAACUCCAUAAUGCAUUAUCGUCGAAAUACCAAUUCCAGGAAUGGAAAGGACACGAUAGAACCACGGAUGCAUGACGUAGAGAUAGGGCAACGAGACGGUCUGAGUCAAAGUGAUGUAAUCCAGGCCAGAGAAUUGUAUCAGUGCCCCAAACCAGCUUGCAGCUAUACUUUGACAGAGCCAGAGGGUGUGUUGAAAUCCCCCUAUUUCCCAUACAACUAUCCAAAAAACCAUGAAUGUCAUUGGGUUAUCAAAACACCACCUGAUAGUAAAGUGAUUCUUAAAUUCAUCAAGUUUGACAUGGAAUACACAGAAGUCUGUGGCUUUGAUUAUUUAGAGAUCAGACUGGGACUCCACUCGACGUCACCUUUGUAUGAUAUAUAUUGUGGUGAUGAGUUACCGGAACCUGUGGUGUCUCAUUCAGGACUGUGGAUGAAGUUCCGUAGCGAUGACAGUAUUGUAAGGUGUGGAUUUAUGGCGAACUAUUCCAUUGUACCAAUGGAGCCAACCAUAACCAGUGGAAGUGGGGAUCAAUUGUAUACCAGUAAUGUUGGAGAUCUGAUACCACAAAAUGAUGGUUAUCCUCAUCCAAGACAUAACAUGCUGUCUUCACAAACAACAACACAAGCUCCCUGUGAACUAAUCUGUUGGUUUUUCCAUUUCUGUCGUUGUAAAAAUCAAGUUGUUGACGUACUAAAGAGUGAUCAGUCAUUAGAAUCUAGUGGAUAUGAGGUAUCAGUAACUGCUGAAUAUAGCAGUGCUGAAGAGUAA